CGUCACCCCCGCCAUUAUAUCAGAUCGUUUCUCAUGGCUGCCCGACAUAAACGUUGGAAGUAUCUAACACUUACCCCUAAACUGUUUGCCAUCCAAUUAGAAUCUUACAAGGCAAAUCUAAUUAUCUGAGCCACCGUCGUACGUGGAGCUUUGAUCAAGCUACCAAUCUUCUAUAACAAUUACCAUUUGCGCUCUAUUAGUCGGUGUCGCUCUACUCCAGACCUCGGAGUCAUAUAAUUCUACGACCUUUUCCCUCCUUUUUAUUUAUUUACUUUCUUCAAAAUUAGGAUCCCAUCGUUACCCGUCGACUUUCACUUCGCUAUAGUAUUUUAAGAAUACUGAAACUUAUUAAUUACACUUGAAUGUUGUAACUAAUAGUUAUUAUUUAAGCCUUUUUACGAUGAGCGGACAUCCGAGCCAUUCACCCCAAUCUGGGGAUCCUCAUACUUUCUACGCCGAGCUCGUCGGCGAUAUUCCACAGUCCUAUCCAACACCACCUAAUCAACAUCAACAAGCACAAUUCCCACCUCCUCCCCCAGGACCACCACCAUCAAAUGCGAAACAGCAGUACUACCCGCCCCCGCCGCCUGGCCCUCCUCCAAGCCAGGCACAUCUGUCUAAUAUAGAUCCAAAUGCGCCGCCGCCUACGUAUGAGGAAAGUGGGGGUAGCGCUGGCUUUACGUACUCUGACGAGAAGAUUCCAGUUCUUCCACCUCGUCCUGAUCCCCCACAAGUCGCGCAACCUCCUCCCGCCACGGGGGCCUCUAUUCCUCAUACCGCUACCGGUACCGGUGAGACGUCUGAGCCUUCAAAGUCAGGCUUUGGACGCAAACUUUACCAAUGGGGAGUCAAAGCUGGUGCGCCGAUUAACAAGUUAACGAACAUGCUUGGGUCUGAGGCAUUCUGGCCCACGAGCAUGGAUAAAGAAUGCGACAAGGCAGCGCGUAUCUUAAAGAGUUUCUGUAAAGAUGGAUUUCAAGAAAGCGGACCAAUAAAAUCAUCGAGCAGCAGUAUAAGCUCGGGCGGACCCAGCAGCAAGCCCAAGGUCUUGGUCAAGAUCCCACAAGCAGCGAUCGUUAACGCUAAGGGCCUUGCUAUCUUCACGACCUUCCGUACGGGGUUCCAUAUUUCGGGCGCAGGCGGUUCCGGACUUGUCGUUGCGCGCCUACCGGACGGCAGCUGGUCACCUCCAGCCGGGUUCUUAGUUCACACAUUAGGCGCAGGACUCAUGGCUGGGCUCGACAUUUACGAUUGCGUGUGCGUACUCAAUACUGAAGCAGCUGUGGAUGCUUUCGCGAAGCCGCGCGUGAGCUUAGGAGGAGAAAUAGCAGUCGUCGCCGGCCCCAUAGGCGCGGGAACCAGUAUCGAGGCCGCGGUAGGGAAGAGCGUCAAACCCGUCUGGAGCUACAUGAAGAGCCGUGGCUUAUACGGUGGCGUGCAAGUCGACGGUACAGUAGUAGUUCAGAGGCCAGACGCCAACGCUGAGUUCUACGGGGUAAACAAAAUCGCGGUAGAGAAAAUCUUGAGAAACGAGGUUCCUGAUAAUAGUCGAAAGAGCAAUUCCAAGGGACCAGUAUUAUGGCCCGAGGGUGGGAGACAGCUAAUGGAAGUGCUAAAGGCUGCCGAAGGGAAGGGCGCUGACAGCAGAGUUAUGGAUCAACUUGGAAGUCAACCUACACCCGGCGACUUAGCAUCUACACCGAUACCGUCGCCGUUACCUUCGCCCACUCCUGAGCAACAAGCACAACAAGAUAAAGGUGGGAAAGAUAAAGCGAGGUAUGCUUAGGUUUGGGGGGGGGUGCAAUGACCUAUACCAGGCGAUAGGUAGGUGGUUAUGAGCUGAAUAAAAGAAUGAAAGAAUAGACAAUAUUUAAUGCCGAGUGCCAUCUGAAUUUAUCAUACGGUUCGUAAAACCAAUUACUACACCUCAUAAACAAUAAUAAAAAAUAAUGGUAUUGCCAUUAAAAAAUAAAUUGAAACAAUAGGAACCUUGGAACCCAAAGACAAAAUAAAAAGCUAACUGUCCUCGGUGAGGCUCGAACUCACGACCUUUGGAUAUCCCAAUCUUUUGAAGAUUAGGUCAUAUUUCUAUGAGACCAACGCUCUAGCCAA